AUGGAUGCAGAUGGCGGAUUGAAGAAAUUCUCGACGAACAAGGCUGGCGCCAAAUACGGCACAGGGUACUGCGACGCCCAGUGCCCACGGGAUUUGAAGUUCAUCAACGGCGAGGGAAAUGUCGAAGGUUGGCAGCCAUCCUCCAACGAUGCGAAUGCAGGGGUUGGGGGCCAUGGUUCGUGCUGCGCAGAGAUGGACAUCUGGGAAGCGAACGCUGUCAGCACAGCCGUCACCCCACACUCGUGCUCCACAAUCGAGCAGUCUCGUUGUGACGGCGACGGUUGCGGAGGUACCUAUUCGGCCGACCGUUAUGCCGGGGUUUGCGAUCCUGACGGCUGUGACUUCAACAGCUACCGCAUGGGUGUCAAAGACUUCUAUGGCAAGGGCAAGACGGUAGACACUUCAAAGAAGUUCACCGUGGUCACACAAUUUGUCGGUACCGGGGACGCUAUGGAGAUCAAGCGUUUCUAUGUCCAGAACGGCAAGACUAUUGCGCAGCCUGCAUCUACUAUUCCUGGCGUAGACGGGAACUCCAUCACAACAAAGUUUUGCGACGAACAGAAAGCUGCGUUCCACGAUACAUACACGUUCAAAGACAAGGGCGGUAUGGCGAACAUGGCAAAGGCUCUCGCAAACGGCAUGGUCCUCGUCAUGAGCCUGUGGGAUGACCAUUACAGCAACAUGCUUUGGCUUGACUCUACGUAUCCCACAGACAAGAAUCCAGACACGGAUCUAGGUACCGGCAGGGGAGAAUGCGAGACGACGAGCGGUGUGCCGGCAGACAUUGAGAGCCAACAUGCUGAUGCCACUGUUGUCUACAGCAACAUCAAGUUCGGGCCACUGAACUCGACCUUCGGUUGA